ACAGCCCAGACCACAGAGCACAGAGCAGUCGCACCACCGAUCCACGAUCCACUGAUCCACCGAUCCACGCAAUUGUUGCUGUUUCUUGUAGCCAUCGAGAGAUACUUUUUUUUGGGCUGUUUACUUUUUUGGCAGCCGUACGAAAAAGGCCAAAACGCCGCACACCCACACACUUACGCCCAGUCCCGCUCACACACACACACGCGACAGAGACAGCAUGAGGCAGCCGAGCAGACAGCAACUCCUGGCGCUCGUCCUCUGCAGCGCCGUCUGCCUGAUUAGCGCCGUCCCGCUCCCGCAGCCAGCCGGCAACCAGGAGCUGGAUGUCCUGCAGAUCCCGCUCGCCAAUGGCAAGGAAAUCGAUGUCUUGACAUUGGGCGCCAAAGACCAAGAAACAUUGAUAGCCGAUCGCAAUAAGCGAACGAUUGGACUGCUGCGAGAGCUGUUCCCCGAUAUCACCAAGAAUGGAGCCACCGAUACCCAGAUCGACUUGUCGGCCAUCAACAAGCAAUUGGAGGAGACGAUCCGAGUGGCCCGCCAGGUGAAGGAGGCGGAAGCAGCCGCCGCCGCCGCCCAAUCCCUGACCCCAUCCUCGUCCUCCGCCUCCUCCCCAAUUGCCCAGGCGCCCAUUCCCCUGAAAUCCAACGAACCCAUCCAGCUGAGCUUCAACAACGAACUGCCCAGUGUUUCGCCCUCCGCCGGAUUGGAUAACAAGCCCCUGAGCUCCAACGAUUUACAGCUGUCCGAGUCCAAGUCGCCGGCGAUCGAUGAACUGACCCUGGACUCCGCGGAGGAGACCGCCGAUCUGGAUGAUCGCAACAAGAGUAAUCUGUUCAAAAGGUUCCUCAGCUUCGGCGGUGCGGGUCUGGCCGGUGGCUCAAGCGGCGGUGGUGCAGGAGGCUCGCCCAGUGGCAAUGCCCUGGGAGCCGGAGGCUCUGGCAACUUCCUGCUGGAUGUGGUGCGGCUCUUCUCGGGCAGCGUUCAGACCCAGCAGGGCGAUGAGGCGGCCAACUCGGUGGGCGGUGGUGCCAGCAGCAGCAGCAGCGGGGGAAGCUUGGGCGGUGACGGGGAUGCGGAUGGCGAGAGCACUCGCACCGCCGACGGCUACACCGAGGGCAUUCCCGGCCCAGUCACGCGCCUCGUCGUGCUGGCCAACCGCGGUCUGGCCAACCUGGUCCAGGACUUGAUACUGCGCGUUGCGGCCACCAGCGAGAAGUUCGUGAACUUCAAGGCCAAGCUGAUAACGGCGCUGAUCUAAGGUCAAGGGUCAGCACCGAUCGGCCACGCCCUCGUCCGAAUUAGUCAAGUCACCAACCUGUACAGAGUCAAAUGCAGCAGAUCACCCUCUCUAUCUCGCUCCCCCCGUCUGUCUCUAUCUCUCUCUGUCUCCCCCAAGAACCCAACCCCGUCCCGCCCCAAACACACCCGCACCCACCCACACACACACGCCCACUCACUCACACGGAGACAAUUUUGUUGUGCAUCAUUCGAUCAAAGAAAUUUUCCGGCAAUGUCAACAUUUUUUUUAAAUUUUUAGCCAAUUUUUUUAUAACAAAAAAGGAAUUAGUUCAAGUAACUAAACAAAAAAAUCAUAAAAUGAUACCCAAAAUUAAAAAAAAAACACAAAAAUCAAAGAAUUUUAUUUAUAUAUCAAUAAAACAAAAAAUUUACUCGAAACUAUGAAAACAACAUUAAUAUGCGUAUGUAUAGAAGAAGAAACGCCUGAUACAAUUAUUCCUAGCCUAGUGCUAUCUCUUUCCCCUACCCAACUAUCCAUCUCUUUCCAUUUUCGAACGGCUUUUGUAAAUAUUUUGCUAUUUGCGAAUUUUCCUCACCACUUUUCCUGAUCUUUUCCUUAAUUUGUAUUGCCCUUUUCGUCCCCCUCGUUUGUGUAUAUUUUGUGUUCUAUUAAAAAAAUCAUGACUGUGGUGUUUUAUUUACUAUUAUUUUUAAUUAUUUUAAACGAAAACGAAACGAAGAAGAUGAAGAUGAAGAAGAAGAAUGCGGAGUGGACGCAGAAAACACGUCAAGUUUCUAUUAGAAGAAAUGUAGCCGAGCUUAAUGUUUUUUUAUUUGCUGUUGUUGGUCAAAGAGCCCUUGAAAUAACCACACACACACUCACACACAAACACGCACAUUCACUGAAGCAUACUCAAUAUAUAAACCGAUUCGAUAUGCCCAUUAUAUAUAUUUAGAUCCGUUCUUGUUCGACUUCCCUGUGUCCCCCUGGAUUUGUUUGUAACUCCCCCUAAUCCUAAGCGAAUUGUGUUUUUUCUCACUAUGAUUUUUUUCUAGCCUAGCUAAGUGAAACUUUCGAAAAUGUGUAUAAAAUAAAAGUAAAAAGAUUUUUAA